CAAAGAGGGGUGGAGCCCGUUGUUGAUAGCUCUGAAUAAAAAACAUUAUCUUUGUGUGGAGGUGUUGUUAACGCAUGGGGCAGACGCUGCUCACUCCAACAAAGUUGGGUGGUCGGCCUUGAUGAUGGCUGCCCAUGCCCUGGCGUUUAACGGCAGGAAUUGUGUAAGUUCUGACGAGAGAGCGAGCUCUUUGGAUACAAAAAUGUUAGAGUUGCUUUUGGGAAAGGGCGCCGAUCCUAAUCACUGCAGUGCAAAUGGGUUGACCGCUCUUAUGAUAACUGCUAAAAGGGGAAGAUUCGAUGCAGUGCGACUCCUGAUCCGACACAAGGCCAAUGCGGGCCACGAGGCUGAAGGCGGAUUAGAUGCGUUGAUACUGGCUACGCUGUUCGCUGACCGUAGCACAAUUCAAAUUCUUUUGAAAAAUGGCGCUUCUGUAAACACAUAUACAAAAGACGGGAUAACUCCGCUUUUCUUGGCCGUCGAGAAACGGGAAUAUGAGAUGGUAAAAAUGUUGGUAGAUGAAGGGGCUUGCUUGUAUCCUGGUCGCAACAUGUUCUUGAACCCCAUCAUCAUGGCAGCAAAACACGGGCGGAGCAAUCUCAUCGAAAUGUUUAUGGCCCGUGAACGAGAUGAAGCUAAUGAAGGUGAUAAAGAGGACAUAUUAUUCAAUGCUCUUUUCAUGGCAUCAAAAAACGGACACUUUGACACAGUGGACGUCUUCUUGCGUCUUCGGGUAGUAAACAUCAACUGUAGCAACUCUAUCGGGUGCACACCGCUAAUGAUAGCAUCUGAAAACGGUCAUAUAAGAACCGUUGAGCUACUUCUCAGUUACGGAGCAUACGUCCACGCAUUGAACAACAAAGGAGUUUCCGCCGCGGGAAAAGCUGUCGAGAAUGGACACGAAGAUAUAGCUCAGAUGCUGGAGAAGUACGUAUUCAAUAUAACUCCUAAAGCUGAAAAAUAUCCCUGUUAUGAUUUCACCAGCCUGCUUGUGAAAAAUCCUAGUGACUCUGACUCGGGUGAGUUUAACUUUGAAAUAAUCUUUUUUUGUUUCCCUCCACAAAUUGGUUUAUAAUUUCUACGACUGCGUGUCAAAAAUGCUAAUUAGCUGUGUACUCUAAACCAAAUCGCAAUUGUUAGUUUACACUUUACACAUAUAUAUAAAAUAUGUGGGACAUUGAUGAAUAUGUAUGUUAAAAGCAGCAUCGUGGCUAUAAUGUUUAUUUUAGUUCAGUUUCCAGUGAUUGAUAAACUCCCUUUAAACUUAAACAAUGAAUCCACGUCGCGAUGAACGAAACAAACUAAAUAAAAUGAGUACAGCAGGUCAGAUUCCUCGCCUCUCGUUGCAAAAGUUAAUGUUCAAAGCUGAACCAUGCCGAUAAAAAGCAGCACCCAUGGGAAGCUUGAAAGCGCCCCCCCCCCCCUUUUUUUUUUCCUCUCCCCUUUUUACUAUAUAGAAUCAAGUAUAUCAAGCGAAUGGGAUUUUAUCGUUUGAUUAAGUAAGUAUAGUCUUAUCUAAAGACGCUUUUGGCACCCCCCUGAUGUUGGUGCUCAGAGCGAGGGCAGCCUGCGCCCCCCCCCCCUGUCCACCCACCCUUUUCGCACUGCCUUGGUUUCACGUACCGGUUAGCUUCCGGGACAAGACAAGAGGAAAAUGUGUUGCUUUUUUUUCUGCAUUAUCAAAACCAUCUUCAACUCUUUAUUUGUUUUAGUUUAUACAGGCAGCACGAUAAGCUCCCAAUCCGGCACAUUAUCGGAAGGGGCCACAAGUUCUCAAGUCCAUACUACCACAUCGCAUGGCCUGGAAGAUAUGAUCUACAGCGUUCCCAGAAAGUGUUCGUAUUUAGGUGAGUCUGUCAUUAAAAUGUAUAAUAGAUUUUAAAAAUCUCGAAAGAAUAAUUUAUGUUCCCCUGGAAAACCCAGACAGUCGCGGAAACUGAUGUUGUACUUCCUUCACGAAAAUUUAUUACUAUAUAUAUUUUUUUUGUUCUUUCUUUUUUUUUAUUUUUAAAAACCUUUUGGUAGUUUUUAGCUAUUGUGAACGACAUGUUACCUUAUUUAUAGUCCGGCUAGACCAGCGGUUCUGAAAAUAUUUCGGACUUCUGGCUCCGUACGCUGGUCCUUAUGUAAACUUACUUUACCCAGUAAAAAGGAAGGAGGAACGUCCUUGAGAGAUAAAAAGUGUGAUCUACUAUAUAAAGCUCAGCGUGAGUUUGUUUGUGAAUGGGUUGAUUAAUCAGGAGAAGAACAAUCCAUGGAGCGCAACGUAAUUUGACAUGUUCACCCUUACAUACAGAUUGUUCUGGGAAAGUUUGGGCAUAAUUCCCUUAUCUCAAAAGCUGUAAUUUAUAAAAUCGUAAAAUUGUAGAGGUUAAAGAUUUGAAAAAAAAAAUUUGUUUUAUAUCCAAAUGACUUCGAGGAACAUUUAAGUUAAGUUAUUUUUAGAGUGUAGGCAUGUUUAAUAAGCCGUUGUUGAGAAUGGUGCGCUUUCAAACAUUCAUAAAGGAAGCUUCUCGGUGCGCUUUCAAACAUUCAUUAAAGGAAGCUUCUCGGUGCGCUUUAUUUAGGUGCAAGCACUGUAAAUAAAGCUUAAUGGGAUGUGUUUUCAAAAAGUGGUACAUUAGAAUUAUCACAUAGUUUAGGGGCUUGCAAAGAAGGUGGUUUUGGUACCUACGGAUUUACAGUUAUGUUUUUUUACAUUUUUAUUACCAACUUUAUUAUAUGGUGGCUGUGUGUGUGUGUGUGGAAGGGAGACUCGUAAGUUUGUGAUUAAACCCUAAAUCAGCAUUUAGUAACACUACCCCUCUGACUGGAUGGGUGCAUUUUAUGAGGGUAACAAUAUUUUAAAGAUCUAAUUUGUUACACAUGGAACAAUUUCAUUCCAAAUUAGAUUACUCUUUUAUAAUUAAAUUAUAUAUAUGUUGUACAUUGAUUAUAAGCUUCUUAAAUACAAGACAAAAUAAGUUAAUGACUAACUUGUAUCAUUGACAUCCGAUAAUUUAAAGGUAAGGUUACAGUGUCAAAACUUUGCUCUGAAUAAAAAUCUCGAGAGAAAAAUAAUUUUCUACCAGAUGAGACGUUUCAGGUGAGGUUCUGUCAUAGCAAGUAGAUCACACACUCUGAACCAGGAAAUAAGACAAAUGGCUGAUGCCAUCCCAAUCAGAUAGUAUAUGGCUCAACAACAAAUUAACAGCUUUAAACACCUGGUUAGAAUACAUGUCAAGAAACUUGCCUUGCAAGUACGAUGGCAGGCACUCUGUACAGUGGCAGGCACUCUGUACACUGGCAGGCACUCUGUACAGUGGCUGGCACUCAGCACAAUGACAGACACUCCAAUUUCUGAGGAUAUUAACUGAGAAGGGAUGGGCCCCGAUUUCAAUGUUUACAAGAAUUAUUAUAAAUGUGGCCUUUUAUAAGAGGACAUUUAAAUUUUAAUAGCUACUUUAGUGAAGUGUUUUUGACAACGUAUUUAUUACUUAUAAUGCUUUAUAAAAAUUUGUCCCGAAUAAGAACCCUAGAAAAGCCGGGUAUAUUGGCUAGUAUAAGAUAAAAUUUAUUGAAUAUUAAAUUCUUACAAAAAACAACAAAUAGAAACAUUGUUUUGAUUACAUCGUAAAUAUUUAUUUUCUACACACUAAAUAUAUAAAAAAAGACAUAGACCUAAAAUAGCCCAUAAUGUUAGAACAGUUUUAAACUACAGUGCAGCACCGAUUUUUUAAACUAAUUGGGACCAGGGAGAUGAUCAAAUAACAUAUUUUCAGAUAACUCAACAGUCUCAUUGAAUGGUUCUGUUUAAGAAGUUAGUGGAUGCAAUAGAAUAUAUUUUGACUUUUAAAACACAGAGUGGUAUAUUGUUGAACAGCGUAUUAGCCAUAUACCGCAUUGUUUAUGGGGUCAGUCAGCUGAUUUGUGUAAAAAAACAAACUUAAGUGCUGGAAUUUUUUAUCUGCGAAAACCGAAAAAUAGGGUCUGCCUCAGUUUCGUUUUCCAUUGGAUGUCCAACGUGUUCCUAGUCAUGAGAAGUGAGCGUGUUGUCACUCUACAAACACGACCCAACCACAACAAAGUAUCCCUUACCUUUAACACCUGCAAUGGUUGUCAACGUAUGCUAGGAGGCGUGCAGACUUUACAACAGCUAGCCAACAGAUCUGGUGGGAGUGUAUACCAUACUCUCUUGGUAGGUCCAGAGGGUGCACUGAAGGAGCGUUGAGAAGAAGAUGUAGAGGGGCGUAGGUGCAACUCAGCUGCCUUGCCCUCAGACCGCUGCUGUUCGGGAAUGCCUCGCAGGGCCCGUAUAAGUUGAGGGCGAUGUGUUUUCAUGGCGUCGCAUCACGUCUGCGAGCUCUGUUUGUAAAAGAAACACGAAGGCAGCCACCAUCGAAAAAAGCGACACAGUUGGAAAUCUGUUGACUGUCUCGGCGAGGAGCGUGAUGAGAGUUCAGCAGGCUGAUCAUUGCUUCCACAUUUCUUUUGUUUGAUUUAUUGAAGGCCUUGGAUCUGCUCAUUAUGUCCUUGAAGCAGUCUUUCAGCUUGGUAGUGUUCUUGCGCCGGCUUUGUUCAGUUUGGUCUCACCGCCUCCUCUGUGAGUCUCAAUUUUCUCUUCGCGGCGAGUUCUUGACUUCAUUUUCCUUUUCUCUACACUGCCCGUUGCACUUUUCUUUGUCAUAAAGGAUUGUAGUCAAUUAUUUUUUUGAUCCGAUAUGAGUUUUUGCUCAUCAGUACAGUAACAUAUAUUGCCCAUAUAUAUAUAUAUAUAUAUAUAUAUAUAUUAUUUUUUAUUUUUUUAUUUAUUUAUUUAGGCAUUUUUAUAUAGCGCUUACCAUAAAGCUCUAAGCGCUUUACAAUUAUAAAAAAAACAUGUAAACUAAGUAUAAUAAAAAUGAGACACUAGGAUAGUAACUACUAUAUUAUAGAAACAAUGAAAAUGGCUAUAAAACGAGGACACUUUGACAAGUUUUGGCCUAUACUUCAGGAUCAACCUGAAACAGAAAAUGAGGCAGGGCAAGGAGGGUGCAUCACAGGUCAUAGGCGGACCUAAACAGAUCAGUUUUAAGGGACUUUUUGAAAAUGGACGAGGUUUCACAAUGACAGAUAUAUAUAUACUUAUAUAUAAUAACUAGCAAAAUUUGUCGCACAAAGAAAAUAUUUAUUUUAAAAACAAAUUUGAUGCAUAUGAUGUUUAAUUUUUUUUUAUUUCAGAAAACACAUUAGAUUCAUGUUUUAAAACAUUCAAAGCUUAACGAUAAUUUUAAUAAUUGUAUAUUUUGUUUUCUUAUCGUUAUCCCAUUAUAGGAAAAGCCUCAGGUGUGGUCCCCCCCCCCCAAAAGCAGACUAUGUGGUAGAGUACGAAACCACUGACGCUGCAGUUGAUGUGUCAGAAAGGAAACCAAAAGGACUAUCUACGUAUUAUAUGAAACUAGAACUUUGACCCGUUAAAAAAGGAAAGCUGAUUUUAAAAAAAAAAAAAUCUUUGAAUAUUUGUAUUACAAAACAUUCACCCAGACCUACGACAUGUACCACAUUAAUUAAUUAACCCUUUUUGUAAGUGGCAGACCUGUCUCCUCCCUUUUAUAUUAAACCCCCAGUCAUCACUGUUUUUGUUUUAAUAACCCCCCAAGUUUCUAUGAUCACUAUUUUAUUUCAUAAUUUCUAUACCAUCG